AACCGGGACAGCCAAGCAAAUCAGCUGUGAAAAUGUAUUGGCAAACCGGGCUUAUCAAAUCCUUAUUAGAUCCUAUUAAUUUAAUUAUAACAACAGACAUAGCUGUUGUCAUAGCCGAUAAAUACCCAAAGGCACGCCAUCACUACCUCGUUCUGCCCAAGGAGGAUAUUGCUAGUAUUUUUCAGUUAAGCAAGAAACAUUUGCCAUUGCUGGAGGAGCUGCAUCUGCUGGCCCACAAUAUCAUUGAAAUACGCGGCGAAAAUUUUGAGAGUUUUCAAAUUGGUUUCCAUGCACAGCCGAGCAUGCAACGGUUGCAUUUGCACGUCAUUUCAAAGGAUUUUGUCUCAAGUUGCUUAAAGACAAAAAAACACUGGAAUAGCUUUAAUACGUCGCUCUUUAUACCAUACGAAACACUCUAUGCACAGCUAAGCAACGAAGGCCACAUACAAUGUUUGCCCAAAGAUAUAGUUGACGAUCUGCUUGCAAGGCCCUUAACGUGCAAUCAGUGUACGUUUGUUGCCAAAAACAUGCCAUUGCUCAAGGAACACUUACAGGAGCACCAAAUGGGAAAACCAAACGAAGUUUAUAGAAACAACUUGACAUACCAGAUGCAACAAGGCAAGGGACAACUAAUAGAAACUGAUCUAGCGUUGGUAAUGAAGGAUGCUUAUCCAAAGGCGCAAUAUCAUUUUCUGGUUGUCCCCAAGGAAGAUAUACCGAAUGUUUGUGCUCUGACCCGGGAGCACUUGCCGCUCCUGGAUCAUAUGAUGGAUCUGGCCACUCAGAUAAUUGAACAGCAGAAAUACGUGCCCUCCAGCUACUUUCUAAUUGGAUUCAAAAUUGACGCAUUCAUGAACCGAAUCGCUAUGCAUGUCAUAUCAAAUGAUUUCUACUCGGAGUCUAUGCGACGCGUGAAGCAUUGGAACAGCUUCAACACUGACGUGUUCCUCACUUACCAGGCUGUUUACGCCCUGCUCCGUGUACAGGGCUCCAUUGAGCCAAUGUCUGCUGAAAAGACUGAGGCAUUACGCAACACUAAGCUAUUACGCUGCAAUCAAUGCGAUUUUGAAAGCGAGAGUUUGGUAGCAUUAAAAUGCCACUUGUUUGAGCAUUGGAAGAAGCGAGAAGUUGAACUCAAAAUAAAACAGCAAGUGGAAAACGUAACUCGCUUGCUAGACGAAGCUAAAUUGGAGGUGAACCCCAAGCAAGAGCUAGUUGAUGCUCCUCAAGCCAUAAACGAGUCAACGUCGCAGAUAACUAAGGAGAGUCAAAAUGCUGGACUGCAGCCAAGCUAUUCGAGAAGUGCUACAAACUCGAAACCAGACAGGCAAAUAGAAAACUGGCGCAAAAACAUGGGACAGCAACCGACUGAUCUACAGCAACCGGCCCCAAAUUCAAAUACCUAUCAGAAUACACAUUAUAAGAAAGGUGGAGGUGGCCCGUAUCACCCGCAGCAGGGUUACGUAAACUUCAUUCCUGGCCAGAAUGCAAAUUCCAAUUAUCAACCGCCCGAAUUUAGACAAUUCAAUCAGCAGGCUGCAAAUGGGCCACGGCCGAACUCCAGCCCGCGUAUAAAUUUUCCGAAUUCCGGAUCUAAUCUACAACAAGCCAAUGCCAAUUUAAAUUUUAACAGGCAUCCCAAUGGGCAGGACCCUCGAUUUAAUAUGUAUAGACCAAAUUUUUCCAAGGUUAAUUCCAACAAUUUCGUACCACCUAAUGGGCAACAUCACCAGACUCGACCCCGAUUCAAUACGGUUAAGCAGUCAACAAGUAUGGAACAAGGUAGUUCUGCACCUCGACAUAACCAGACACAAAACAGCUUUGGAUCUGGCCCAAGUAAUCACACAUCUAACGCCAUGCAAGUCCGACCCAAAUUCAAUCCAAAACCUCAACAUAACCAAGCCCAAAACACGGAAACCUUGAAUAUUCAACAAAAUCAAGCAAUGUUGAAUAAGCCUAAUGCAAAGCCCGAGUCUCAGCAAAGUAUGGGUCCGAUACAUCCAUCUGUUAAUAUUUGCAACCCUAUUUCUGAAGAUCAAGGCAAUCAGCGCAAAGGCAAAGGAAACCCAUUUAAGAAAAAAUUUGUUAAGAAACAAAACGAAAAUCCUCAAAAGUCAUAA